AAAAGCAUCUAUGUGUUGAAAUAUAUGCUCCUAUUAUUAAGAACAAGUACUAAUACAUUGUCAGCUGAUUACUAAAGCUGAUUACUAAGAAACCUAACCUUUUUAAAGGAUUUGUAUAAAUUUAGUGAGAAAAAAUGUUUUCUAACAAAGUUCUGCCUAGUAUUGCGCAAAAUGCACGAAUAAUAAUUGAACAGAAAGAAUUGAAUACAAUAAAUAGUCUUUUCACAGGUUGCAGGCGUUUGUUUUCUGAGAAAAAGACAGAUGGAAAAGUGGAAAGUGAAAGAAUUAAAGAAUUUAGGAAGAAAUUGCGUGAACGUACAUCGAUAGAAAAGUUACCAGAAUUUGAAGAAGGAAAGCAUCCUUAUCAAGAAAAAGAACCUUUGAAGCCAUUUCCAGAUAAUACAAAUCCAAAAACAGGUGAAAUUGGUGGACCACGUGGACCAGAACCAACUCGUUAUGGGGAUUGGGAAAGAAAAGGACGUGUAACAGAUUUUUAGAUAUUAAUUUAGUAUCAAUAUUAUUAUAAUUAUUUUAGGAGAAAUAUAUUAAUUAUGUAUCAUUAGCGAUAAUCUGUAUUAUAAUGUUAUCCUGUAAAUUAUAAACAUAAAUUAUGCAUAGAAAAAUA